GCACUGGCAUGGAGCACUCUGGGAGCCGUAGGCGGGAGCGAAAGACACCACCGCGAGGAUCGCCGGGAGUUGUAGGCCCACCUUGUCCGAGACCGCAAGCGCUCCAGGCCGAACCGCCGCACGGGCACCUGGUGGGAGUCAUUCGCGGGUUGACCCAAAGCCUUCUGGGAGUCGUAGUUAUUUUACCUGCUUCCGCGUUUUCUCUGAGCCUGGACCGUCCGGCGCGGGUUCUACUCAGGAGAAGCCGACCCCUCCCGCCUCGCCAGGACCCCGCGAUGCCCGCCCCGCAGUGCGCCUCCUGCCACGAGGCGCGAGCCGCCCUCCGCCGUCCGCGCUCGGGCCAGGCGCUGUGCGCCACCUGCUUCUGCACCGCCUUCGAGGCCGAGGUGCUGCACACGGUGGUCGCGGGCCGCCUGCUGCCGCCCGGCGCCGUGGUGGCCGUGGGCGCCUCGGGCGGCAAGGACUCCACCGUGCUGGCGCACGUGCUGCGCGAGCUGGCCCCGCGCCUGGGCAUCUCGCUGCACCUCGUGGCCGUGGACGAGGGCAUCGGCGGCUACCGGGACGCGGCGCUGGCGGCCGUGCGGCGGCAAGCGGCACGCUGGGAGCUCCCGCUCACCGUCGUGGCCUACGCAGAGCUCUUCGGGGGCUGGACGAUGGACGCCGUGGCCCGCAGCACGGCCGGCUCCGGCCGCAGCCGCUCCUGUUGCACCUUCUGCGGGGUGCUGCGACGCCGGGCGCUGGAGGAAGGGGCGCGCCGCGUGGCAGCCACGCACGUCGUGACGGGACACAACGCCGACGACAUGGCGGAGACGGUGCUCAUGAACUUCCUGCGGGGCGACGCGGGCCGGCUGGCGCGGGGCGGGGGCCUGGGCUCCCCGGGCGAGGGGGGCGCCCUGCCGCGCUGCCGCCCGCUGCAGCUGGCCUCGCAGAAGGAGGUGGUGCUGUACGCGCACUUCCGCCGCCUGGACUACUUCUCCGAGGAGUGCGUGUACGCGCCCGAGGCCUUCCGCGGCCACGCGCGCGAGCUGCUCAAGCUGCUGGAGGCGGCGCGGCCGUCGGCGGUGCUGGACCUCGUGCACUCGGCCGAGCGCCUGGCGCUGGCCCCGGCCGCGCGGCCCCCGCCCCCCGGCGCCUGCUCCCGCUGCGGGGCGCUGGCCAGCCGCGCGCUCUGCCAGGCCUGCGCCCUCCUGGACGGCCUGAACCGCGGCCGGCCCCGCCUGGCCAUCGGCAAGGGCCGCCGGGGGCUGGACGAGGAGGGGCCGCCGGGUGGCCGCGGGAGCCACAGCCGUCCGGACCCCCGACUUCGGAGCCCAUCCCCGGCUUCUAGAGACUCCAGUUCUCCGCUGGGAUCCGACGACGUGGGAGUGCGGGGCCGCCUGUAAAUGACACUGUGAAGGUACCCGAGUUACUUUAGCCCGGGCUUCGGCGUGAGGUUGGGAAGGGGUCGGAACCCCUUACCUGUGGUCCUGCAGAAGCCGGGGCUCUGCGCUCCUGGGGCUGCGGAGGACUCCUGGGUGUCUGGGGGACUCCUGGGCCUCAGAGAGGAGAGAAUUAAACAACUUUGCAUUCCUGAGCGAGUGGGAAUUAGGGGGCCUCUUGCCUGUACCUCUCUGGGGUUCUGGCCGUGCUCAGAUAGUCCUAACCCUUCUUGAGCGCCUGCGGUGCGCCUGAUGUUUCAUGUUUGCCUGCAGUGGGAUAAGCAAAACCAUGUAACUUGAUGGGCACGUCAGUUACAGCAGUCGUGAUGCUUCUGUGUGAGCGCUGUGUACGGGGCAGGCGCUGGAUCAUCUCGUUGCAUCCGCGCCACGAUCUCAUUGGCUGUAGCCUCGUUACGGAGUCCAAGCUCGCUCUGCUCCCUGCACCACAGGACAAUAAAUCGGAGAGGAAGUAUUGAGGCAAGGAAUACGACUUUAUUCGGAAAGCCGGCAGACCGAGAAGAUGGCAGACUAAAGUCUCAAAAUAAGCAUCUUAUCGGGGUUUGAUUGCCAGUUUCUUUUACAGCACAGAGAGGGCGAGGAGAUGAGGAAGUAAAGUGAAAAGGCCAUAAGUUUUGCAAAUAUCACCUGGAAUGGCCAGCCUGGGGGGGGAUGUGUUAAUUUCUUCUUUCCUGCAGCCAUCCACAGGUGGACAGGGUGCGGAUGUUUCCCUGAACAAAGGCACUUUGGUUUAACAUUCAGGCAGAGGGACAGGGUUCCCCGAGGCAGGCCAUUAUGUAUAGAUAGUAUCCUUUCAGUGAACAAAAGCAGCGGAAAGCAAAGGUUAAAGUAAAAGAAACAGAUCCAACAUGUAGUCAGAUUUGGCUCUUCCUUGUUACAACUUGAGGCCAACUAGCUGAGGUCACCUCGCUGGAGCCCCAACUAGGGGCUUACACCCAGGUCUGCCUGGGGCUCCUCAAGACAGUGGAUUUAGUCCUAACCCCCAAUCUCUGCGUGAUGGGUGAGGAGCCGCUGGGUGAGCUCCCCAGACCUCAGAUUCUAGAGGCAAAGCUGGGUGAGCCUGGGUCAGUGAUUUAACCUCUCUGGUCUUCCAUUUCCUCCACUGAAAAUGGAAUCAAAGCCUCCUAGCAAAGCACUGUUGUAUUUGAUAAAGCGCUCAGUAAAUGGUGUCCGACUUGGUUGUUCGUAUUAAAGUUUGGCCACCAGGGGGCUCUGGGUUGCAGGGUUGCUUCCCUGCCAGUCCAGACAGGUGUGAGGCCCAGAAACUUCUUGCCUGACCGCUGGGGAGACUUGGUGUCCUCAGUCCCACCUCCGAGCUUUGCUGGGCUGGUCCCUUGUCAGGAGUGCCUUCCUUUCCCAUCUUCCGGCUCACAUCCUCCAGGGGCCUCCCAGAAGCCUCCCUGAUUCCUCCCAUCUAGGUGAGGAUGUCUCCUUCCCAGAACCAGCAGCCAUGAAGUGGAGCUGCGUCCACCUGAGCAUCUUGCGGUGGAGAAGGCGCAAGGAUGCAGAGCUUCUGCAUCUUCACGACCAUAAGAUGUGUGUUGGGGGGAGGGUGACUCAGAGACACCCCUUGCCAGUUGUUGGGUGCCCUACCCUGUCAGGAUUUCCUUGUGCCCAGAUUCCAGGGUCCCCAGGAUAUAGAUGUCAGGUGUCUGGGUCACCACUGGGGAGGGACAGAGAGAACAGGCGCUCAGAAAAGUAUGCCACUAGGAUGAUCUUCAUGCCAUCUCCCAGUGUCCUGCUUGCCCCCAUCCUGGCAUCUCUGUUGCUCACAGAGCAGUCAUAGGAGGAGGUCCUCAAAGAGAUGGAAAAGGCCCAAGGUCCUUGAUCCUCCCUUGCAGCUUUUGACCUGGUCUGUUUGUGGGCAUAGGAGGAUCGUGGUCUAUGUUGGCCCUUUCCAUAAAUCAGAAGAUGUAGACUCUUUUAGAGUAAACCUAGAAAUUUCAGGAUGAGAGAAGGUCAGAGCAUGAAGAAGCACUUUGUCCUACACAGUGUCCCCAGUCUUCAUACCUGCAGCUCCUACCCCUUGUGCUUCUCCAAGUUGUACCCCAAAGUGGAGACCAAGGACCCUGCAUAGAGUCACGUGUUACAGACCACUUACCCCUACACACUCACAGCCAGGGAAGUGGCGGCAGCUUGGGCUUGGAUGGGGCAAGUCUGGGAUGACUGACACCACCAGAUCACUUCCUUCUAUCUGGAGAUCAAGGGCAGCUUCAGAAACAGCAGUCAUCCAGAGACACUUUCUGGAUUGGACUGCCCCCACUCCUCCCUCUUUCAGGAGCUCCCCUCCUCCCCAGUGAUGACCAGGGAAGUGAAGGCUGAGCUCUUCUCAUCCCAGGUCUGAUGAUAACCUGUCAAGGUGGUUCCUUCCAUCCAACUCUCCGCUCAUGUUGCCUCCCCCAAGUGUCCAUCGCCAUCCCCUUCAGAAAAUGGAUGGACUGUGGUCUCUCGCUGCUCUCCUCGAAUUCUCUCAGAGCAGGGGAGUGGUGGGGGGCACAGGACCUACCUGAAACAGAAUCUUCUCAAUCCUGGCUCUUAGCCCAGGCCUGAUCACACAAGAAGCUUCAAGAAGGGAUGGCUGACCUCAAACUCAUCUGCAAGGGCCUCCUCCUGGUCAGAGGCUGAAACUGAGAACUGGGGUGCUGGGUCCAGACCCAGAAUUGGGUGUGAUGUUUGCAGGUUUCUGGUGUCACUUUCAGUUCAGAAAGCCACUGGAUUUGUAUGUGGCUCUCAGUCCAUUCUCAGGUUUCCCAUGAGCCCUGCACUCACACCUGCAGAAUGGGUUCUAACUUCUGUACAAUUCUUCCAGCCUCAGAAAGUCUCCCUUCUUUAUGGUAUCUAUCGAAGCUUCCUCUCCUUACCCCACUACUACUUUUUCCUGACCUUGCCUGGCUUCCUCUGCACUUCAUGAUAACUGUCUCCAUGCUGUGGUCCACUGAGGCCACAAGAUCCUUUCCCCAAUCUGAAUAUUUACCGUUCAUGGAGAAUAAGGAAAACUUAGAAUUUAUUUCUGUGACGCAUCAGCUAAACCAGACUUCUGAUACUUCAUCCCUUUAUUUGAGCUGAAUCAGGACGUGGCAGAGCGCCAGGCAUAGAAAAUGAUCAUAAACCAUGUUCUCUGUCAUCCAGAGUUCCAUGACAGUAUGAGAAAGGGAUUAAAAACAAGAGCAAACUGUCAACCUACUGGAAAGUGAAGGGAGAAAGGGGAGGAAUCUGACACAGGGAAGUUUUUCUGCAGGGGGCGAGGGUAGAGUCAGCCCCGAGGGGCAAGGAACUGUGAGAAAUGCAUUGUGUCUCUGAAGCUAAGUCCCCUCUUCCCUAGGAUGAGGAGGUUUUCAGGGGAGACUGAGGAGGAGUUGGCUGUCCCCUGAUGAGCGCCUCUGUCCUGAGGGACAGAAUGUCACCACUCCCAUUCCCCCAGCCCUCUUUGCUCUGCAGUUGAGACAGGUCAGGGAUCUGCCCCCAGGGGGCACUCCAACCACCCUGCCAGACCCCGGGGAGGUCCUAGCUGAAGGGCUGACGCUGUCCAUGGUACUGGAUCAUAGCUGGGCACUGAGUUCAGGAAAACCCCAACUCUGUCAAGGACCCCAAUCCACAGGCGCAAGGUCCUGAGCCUUAGGCCAGCAGGGCACCUAAGUCGGAGGGGCUUCAGAAGGCUUUCUUUUUUAAUUAAUGUUGUCAUAGUAUCUAAUUUUGUCUGCUUUUACAUUUGACCUUCUCUAUCCUUAUAAUUUAGAUGCAUAUAUUGUAAAGAGCACAUACUUGGAAUAAGAAUCCAAGCUGACUCUGUUUUUAACUGAAGCAUUUAUCCAAUAUAGUCAAUGUAGGUACCCCACGUUACAUUUUAUUUUCUAUAUGUGCCACCAAUUUCACAUUAUUUUAUCUCUCCAUUCUUGUCUUCUUUUGAUUUACUAAGUUUUUAUAGGAUACUUUUAAAGACUUCUAGUUUGUAAGUCAUACAUUCUGAUUCUAUUCUUGUCGUCAUUACCAUAAAGUUCCUGCAUGCAUAAUUAACCUAUUAAAGUAAAUGAAAACCUCUAUCUCCUCCUGGAUAAUCUGCAGCUAUUAGGAAAUGUAAAGUCCGCUUACCUCCCCCCGCCCCAGCUUUGAACUUAGCUUUUGUUAUUGUCAGGAAAUCUUUUUAAGUUUUUGGUCGCACCCCACAGCAGGUGGGAUCUUAGUUCCCUGACCAGGGAUUGAACCCACGCCCCCUGCAUUGGAAGGCAGAGUCUUAACCACUGGACCUCUGGGGAAAUCCCUACUGUCAGGAAUUUUUAAACUGUCUUCUAUUGUUAUUCUACAGGUAAAGAACCCCUCAUUUAUUUGUUCUAAAUUGUAUUGCUUCCUCAUUUUUGAAUUAUCUUUACAGAGUAUAGGUUAUAAAAUUAUAUUUCAAGAUAGUAUUUGCUUUCUUUUGCUCUCCAUGGUGCUACUUGAUAAGUCAGUCAAACUUCUCUUCUUUGGAAGGUAAUUGGUCUUUUUUAUAUAUAAAUUUAUUUAUUUUAUUUUAUUUAUUUUUGGCUGCUUUGGGUCUUCGUUGCUGCAUGCGGGCUUUUUCUAGUUGCGACGAGUGGGGGCUACUCUUUGUUGUAGUGCGCGGGCUUCUCAUUGCGGUGGCUUCUCUUGGUGCAGAGCACAGGCUCUAGGCGCACGGGCUUCAGUAGUUGUGGCACACGGGCUCGGUAGUUGUGGCUCUCGGGCUCUAGAGUGCAGGCUCAGUAGUUGUGGCACAUGGGCUUAGUUGCUCCGUGGCAUGUGGGAUCUUCAAGACCAGGGCUCGAACCCGUGUCCCCUGCAUUGGCAGGCGGAUUCUUAACCACUGCGCCACCAGGGAAGUCCCCAUGAAGGACUUUAAAUGCUGGGACAGAUGCUUGCAAUGUACUAAGACCAGGAAGCUACAAACAGAUUUGUGCAGGAGAGUAAGGGUCAGCCCUCUGUUUGUUGGGAGAUCCCUUUAGGGUCCAUAAGUGACAUAGGGAAGGGACUGGAGGCCAGGAAGUGAAGGAAAUGUGCUGCAAGAAUUGACAGGGGCUUCCCUGGUGGCGCAGUGGUUGAGAGUCCGCCUGCCGAUGCAGGGGACGCGGGUUCGUGCCCCGGUCCGGGAAGAUCCCACAUGCCGCGGAGCGGCUGGACCCGUGA